UGUUGUAAACGACUUAACCGGAAACGGACCAAAUAUCGCGUGUUUACACUGGAAACAAAAUUGGAAGUUAUUUAAAAUCAAUAAAUAAUGACUAGAGCCGUAAAUAUAUAUGUUACAUUAUGUUAUCGAAUUAAAUAAAAGUUUAAUUUCCAGUCAGAUUCCAUGCUGGUGAAGGAAAGGAAGAUCGUUCUGUCAACAUUUUAGUAACCAAAAUGGAUAAACUUUCAAGUUUGUGGACCGAACUUCAGAAGAGUAAUAAAUUACCUAGAUCAUCAUUAACGUCUUCCUGUCAAGAUGAACUACAAGAAUUAAUGAAACAGUUAGAUAUUAUGGUAAAUAGUAAAAAACAAGAUUGGCAGAGACAGUUAGAGCAAGUACAGUCAAGAUUAGAUAUGAAAGAAAAAGAAUUACGACUACAGAAAGCCACAGCUGACCAAAAGAGUAAAGAGGCAGAAGAAUUAAGAAGUCAACUGGAAGGUGGAAAUAAAACACAAAAAGAAAUAGUCACAGAAUAUGAAGAGCAGUUAGCAAAAUUGCGCUCUGAGGUGCAGAAAAUGAAACGUGAGUAUGAUAAAUUACACAGAAGGCACAGCAAACAGACAAAAGAAAUAGAAAGACACAAAGAUAUGUUAGUGUCAGAACAGGACAAUUCUUUUGAACUUAAAAGGCUUCAAGAAAAAAAUGAGGAACUGCAUCAUAAAAACAAAGAUUUGGAAAUGGAGAGACGAAAUUUAAAUAAGCAAGUAGAAACAUUAGAAGUCAAGAACAAAGGUUUAUCUGAAAAAUGUGAUUUUAUUCAGCAACAGUCAGAAACAUACCAAUCACAACUUGAUCGUAGACGUCAAAUGCAGGAUAACACAGAAUUAAAUUUAAAGAGUAAAAUAGCUCAACUUGAAAGUCAAUUACAUCGUUAUAAAACAGUUCUUACUGUUCAGAAAGAAAAGAUUGAAAAAUUAAAGUCGGCUUUAGAUGAGGCUUUAAAUAGUCACAAACGAGGAAUGUCUGAUAAUGAGAAAUUAUUAGAAGAAUUACGAAGAGCUAAUGUAACAAUAAGGAGACUUGAGGGUGAGAACAAUGAGAUGGUGUCAGAAGUUCAGAGUAAAACUGAUUUAUUAAGGGUGACAGAAGAAGAUACAAGUCAGUAUGCUAAAGACGUAGCUAGAUUAGAACAAACUAUUGGUGCUAAAGAUGAAAUUAUACGUAAUAUUGGAAAAAGUAACCGUAAUGCAGAAUCAGAACAAGUUGCUUUAUUAAAGCAAUCAUACGCAGAUGCCAAGGAGGAAAUCAGAUCGUAUAAGAAGUUAGAGAAGAAGAUUAGAUUUGAAUUAAGUAAUGUAGAAGAUAAAUAUCAACAACUUGUAUUAAAUAAUGAAGAAAUAUCUACACAACUACAACAAAGGGAAGAAGAAUUGGAAUACUUAAAACAAACAGAAAUUCAUAAAUUAACUGAUGAAAUUUCUAGGCUUCAAGAACAUGCUAAUUCUGUGGAGGGAAAUCAUAAAGCUGAGUUAAGUGGAAUGAGGUUACGUCUGUCUAAACUUACAACAGAAUUACAUCAGCGGGAUGUUACCAUGGCAGCACUGAGUGAAAAAACAUCUGACAUGGAGAAACAGUUAAGAGGGGAAACAGAAAUUGGUGAAAAGAAAGUAGUAGAAUUACAGGUGUCCAAUGCUCAGGUGGAAGCUUUACGUAUUGAAAACCGUCACUUACGACAAGAAUUUAUCAAUAAAUUUGGUGACGUAUAUGGUAAAGCUGAAGCUGAACGUCAUCUCAAUGCUAUAAAUGGUCAAUACGGUCAGACUGUAUUAAAAUUAGAGAAAGAGAAUGGUCAGUUAAAAGAAGAUGUAUCAACAUUAAAAAAUGAAAUAAGUGAAAUAGAGCAGAAAUUAACUAAGCGUCUAACUAACAGAAAUACAUCCAUAAUAUUAGAAAGAAUAAAAUCUUCAGUUAUCGGUGAUACUAUGGUAGAUAACAGUAAAAUAUUUAGUGAUAUUAAUGGUGAUCAACAAGAUUAUACUACAGAACAAUAUGAUGUACAGUUACAACUUCUAUAUGAUCAAAAACAAAGACUUGAAGAAGAGCUACAUAUACAAAAACGUGAAAACAUGAGAUUAAUGAAUGAGGUAUCUAAACACAGUGGACGUGAUAGAGUUGAUGCUAGCUUUCUUACAGUAGCUGAUACAGUAGAUAUGUCUUUAUGUAGUAAAUCAGAUUUUGGUGAUUUAGUUAGUAGACUUCUGACAGAAGAUCAAGCUGAAAAAAUAGCUGAAAGAUUUUUAGAAGAAGAAAAAGAAAGAACAAUAGCAUUAGAAGAACUUAUUGACUCCCACAUUGAAAAAUUUCGUUUAGGAACAGAAGAUACAUUGAAAAAAUAUAAUUAUGUAUCUUCAUGAUGAAAUGAUAUCUGUUUGCUCAUAUCUGCUGUGAUAAUAGUUGUUCAUAAUAUUUAUUUAAUUUAAUUAUAUCAUCAUUUGUUAAAGCCACAAUAUGCCAUAAUAAAAGUUGAAUAUAGACUUUCAAACUAUACACAGUAACGUAUUAAAAAAACAUUUUAUUCCAAAAAAAUAAUCAAAUGUAUCAUUUCUAUCUUAAGUAAUAUGCAUCAUCAAUAAGGCAUUGGCUAAUGAUUAAAGGGCCAAAAUGGGAAAUGAAAUCAAUAGAUAAUAAUUGGAAUUUUAGAUGGCCUUCAUUGAUCAAUAAUAAUCAGUUGUUGAAUAAAAUGCUGUUUGGUAAGACUCCUUUUUAUUUUGUAAAGUACUGUAAAGUCUAUAUUUGCCUUUUAUUCUGGAAUAUUGUGAAUUUAAAUGAACGCUUUCUUUAUCUAUGAUUUACAACUGAAAUAUGCAUAUGUUAAGAUUCAUAAGUAUCACUAUAUUUCAUAACAGAACAAUCUCAGUGCAAUCUCACUUUUUCAUGGUUAAACCUUUUAAAGGAAAUUCUGGUCAAAUAAGACACUCAUGUGAUUUAUGAAAAUUUGUUUUAAAAAGUGUGUAUCUGUAUAUUUCACUAUAAGGACAUAAAAUAAAAAAAAUAAAAUAUAAUGUUAGAUGGCGCACAAGUCCAAACCAAAAUGUAUGUAAAUGUUAGUUUGCAUGUGGUGUGGUCCUACUUCACUUACUAAUAUAUUUAAUGUUUGUUCAUCAGAAAUGCUGCUUUUUACUUUAAAAGGGUUAAUGGUUCAUUGGUAAAUAAUCAAAGUGCAUACUGUAAAUUAUUAUAGAGUGUAUAUAUAGUUAUAGGUAAUAUGUAAAAAUCCAUUUCUAUAAAAUUAGGUGAAAACUAAACUAUAAAAUGAUACACAAUAAUAAUUGUAAAUAUACCUGUAUUUAUACUGUAUAAUAUAAUGUUGCAUAAUUUUUUAAAUAAAAAAAAACAGUAAA